AUGACGUCCUCUGUUCUUUUUUUUUCUUAUACAUCUAUAGGGUCUCAACGUCGUAAUUGGGAGAAUCCACCUACCACAAGUACGAAUAGUCAUAGUAACCGCAAAGUAGUGGAUAAAAAGAAACAUGCGCCUAAAUUAAUGGAAGAUGGCACGGUCUAUGAUAAGAGCAAUGUCAUGCUGAUUGGUCCCACGGGGUCUGGCAAAACCUUAUUAGCUCGUACGUUGGCUCAAGUAUUACAGGUACCCUUCUCCAUGUCGGAUGCCACUCCAUUUACCCAAGCAGGCUAUGUGGGUGAGGAUGUUGAGCUUGUUAUCCAAAGACUACUUCAGGCCUGUGAUUAUGAUGUUAAAAAAGCAGAGACGGGUAUUGUCUUUAUUGAUGAAAUCGACAAGAUCUCGAGACGUUCAGAUUCAAUGUCAGCGUCAAGGGAUGUGUCAGGUGAAGGUGUUCAGCAGUCCUUGUUGCGUAUGUUGGAAGGAACGAUUAUUAAUGUGACGGAUAAAUCGGGUGGGAAUAGCCCUCAGAACAAUAGACGUGGGGGGAUGCCAGGUAGUCCUAUUGGAAAUGGACAAGCAGGUGGCAACGGUGGUAAUACACCAACGGGUGGAUCCAAUGGAGGAAAAGGAGAGACAUAUGCAGUGGAUACCAGUAAUAUAUUGUUUAUUCUCAGUGGGGCCUUUGUUGGUCUUGAUAAAACCAUUCAAGAUAGACUGGCCAAAGGUUCAAUUGGGUUUGGUGCAUUGCUUCGGUCACUAGAAGAUGACAAGAUAGAAAUACCAUCUACGGGUAUAAAAAAGGAAGUACACAACCCAUUAAGUCUUACAGAGCCUGCCGAUCUUGUAAAGUAUGGGUUGAUUCCGGAAUUUGUAGGAAGAUUACCCGUGAUUUCAUCCGUCAACAAUCUAUCGACCGAUGACUUGGUUCGAGUCUUAACCGAGCCUAAAAAUUCGCUUUUGAAACAAUACCAAGGUCUUUUUGAACUAAGCCAGGUCGAGUUAAGAUUUAGUAAAACAGCGUUGCGAAAGAUUGCUGAAUUAGCACUUGAGAAAAAGACAGGCGCAAGAGGAUUACGUCGUAUCAUGGUAAGAUGA